AUGCCUUCCGACAACGUCACUGGCGGCGCCAGCGAGAACGGCAAAUUUGCUUUGCGUGGCCUCCUACAAGGUCAUAGAGAUGCAGUUGCUGCUGUAGCUGCUCAUCCUUUUGGGAUGUACGUUGCCUCAGGUGGAAAACAAGGAACCCUCAUUUGGGACUUGCAAACACACGAGCUGUUGGAGUCUCCAACCAGAGCAGCUAAUCGAGGUGCCACGCUCGCCAUUGCAUGGAUAACGCGUCCGGACGAUCCAGAUGAAGGGGUUGCCUUUGGAACAGCUCAGGGUUACCUGUGCGUUUGGAAAAGAACAAGGGGAGAGACAAACUUUAGAGAAGUAUUUUGCGAUGAACUAGCCGGCGGUGUGGACGGCCAGGAGAUUUCUGCCAUCGCGUACGACACGAAGGCAAACCAACUGGCUAUUGUUCAUCGGUCGGAAGUGAUCCAUAGAUUUGUCCUCGAUGGUCAAAUGCGGCCAACGAGAGUUGUGUCCGUAAAGAUCACGGCCCAUUAUCCACAGGCGGUCGCUUUCGGGCACACAGGAGCACUAGGUCCUGAGAUCUGGAGCUUCGGUCGAGACGAUGUCACGUCCUGGAUGAGGGGCAAAAUCAUCAAAACAAAAUCCACAGGUGUCAUUAUCGGCCAUGCGGCCGUCAACGUAAAUGAGGAUGUCUUCAUCGUGGACGACGUGGUGCAGGGAGUGGCACUCUACAAAUUUUCGGAUACAGAAAGGAUAAAGACCUUCCCAGUUCCAGCAGGAGAGCGGCGGUCAAGAAACGUAAGCUUCCUUAGCGACGCAAGCAUCAUCAUCACAGGAAGUCACCAUGGUAGGCUCUAUGCCUUCGAGAGACGUACGGGGGACAUCUAUGAUGUAAUUGACAUCGGUGUAGAGGACUGGGUUCAAAGUGUAACGACUGUGGAUAUAGAAGGGGUUUCGGUAGUCAUCGCAGGGAGGUCUGGUGAUAACACUGGGAAGACAGAUCUGCAGGUAUGGGAGAGGGUGAAAAGAGGUGCCUCACCAGAUGCAGAAGGCAAGGAGGGGGGGAAUGGGGGGAUCAACUGUGUGCAACUAAUAUGCAUAUCGGCGUUGAUCCUCUUCAUUCUGCGGGACGUCCUUGGCCUUCCGAUCUUGGAUUGGAUUCGUAAAUGGAUAUGGGAAACGGUAGAGAACCUUCAAAUGGAAUGGAGGGGGGGAGCACUGGAGAAGCCUCAAGUACGCGAGGUACGAGCUAUAGUCCUGCGAGACAUGUGA